UUUUUUGUACUCGGCGGCACCCGUAGCCUGCGACAUUGGAUGACGUUGCGCCCGAAGAAGAGUAUCUUGGUAAUCCAAACAUCAUCGACGAAGCAACAUUCAUUGUAAAAUAUCGGUAACAAAUUGUACCCCAUCGAGUUAACUAACAGUAUGGCUGCUCAGAAGAUAAACGAAGCUCAUGAGCACAUAGCGAAAGCUGAAAAAUGCUUAAAGACAGGUCUGACUAAGUGGAAGCCGGAUUUUGACAGUGCUGCGUCAGAAUACGCCAAAGCAGCUGUGUGCUUCAAGAAUGCGAAGCAGUUUGACCAAGCAAAAGAUGCUUACCUGAAGGAGGCUGAAUAUCACACGGAAAACAAGACGCUGUUCCAUGCUGCAAAGGCUAUUGAACAGGCUGGUAUGAUGCUGAAGGAACAAAAGAAGAUGCCAGAGGCUAUCCAGUACAUAGAGAAAGCCUGUAUGAUGUACAUGGAGAAUGGGACUCCUGACACGGCUGCCAUGGCUCUGGAUCGGGCUGGAAAACUGAUAGAGCCGUUAAACCUGGAGAAAGCUGUGGACCUGUAUCAGAAGGCAGCUGGCGUGUUUGAGAAUGAGGACCGCCUGCGCCAGGCAGUUGAACUGCUGGGGAAAGCCUCUAGACUCCUGGUCAGGUUAAGAAGGUUGGAUGAAGCAACAGUCGCUCUGCAGAAAGAGAAGAACAUGUACAAAGAGAUUGAGAACUUCCCCAUGUGCUUCAAGAAAACAACUGCUCAAGUACUGGUUCAUCUUCAUAGAGGGGACUAUGUAGCAGCUGAUAAAUGUGUCAGAGAAAGUUACAGCCUGCCUGGGUACAGUGGAAGCGAAGAUUCCAUUGCCAUGGAAACGCUACUGCAGGGCUACGACGAGCAAGACGAGGACCAGGUCCACCGUGUGUGCAGCUCACCUUUACUGAAGUACAUGGACAAUGACUAUGCUAAGCUAGCCAUUUCCUUGAGGGUACCUGGAGGAGGAGCAAAGAAGAAGAAGGCUGCUGUUGCUCCACAAGGCGGUGCUGGUGGUGCGCCAGCUGCCGCUGAGGAUGAGGAUGAUUAUGAGGGAGGGCUGUGUUAGCCUUCAGCCUCCAGAGGGCCGACUCAUCAGCUGCUCCUUCACUACACCCUCUGUGUAAGAGUUAAAAACCUUGAAAAAUCCUUUCAGCUCUGAGGCCCAGGUGUGUGGCUGUUUAAUCUUUAUUGUGCAAGAAACAAGAAACAAGAAAAAGCAAAUACAAAAAAAAAAAAAGUUGCUGCUGCAGAAGGGUCGACCAAAGUAUAAGCAGCUUUUAAAAUUGUUUCUUUGAGGUGGAUCCUCGUGUAAUGUAUGAAACAUGUUGUAUGUAAAUGUUCAAUUAUUUCCCGUCUCUGAAGCUGUACAUUUUGCUCUUAUUGUUUGUGAGUCUUCAGAUUACUAUAGGUAUAUUAAAAUCAGAAAUGCUCUGAGUUGAUCAGUGUAUAGGUGUUUAUUUGUACAGUUAAAUUAUUCAGUAUUCAUGGCCGUAGCCUGUUGAAAAUGUUACUGGAACAAUAUGCAAAUCGGUUUGUUAAUGCAUGUUUGCAAUAAUAAAAUAAUAAUAGUAAAUCAAAGAUUUGCGAAUAAGGUUAAAAAUGAUUGACUCUUCAGCAUUAGUGCUUAUUGAAGUUAUUGAAGACAAUUUAAAUAACAGUACAGUUCCUGAUGGUGCAGCUUGUUGGCCAUUUCACACUGGUGUGUGUGUGUGUUCUCUUCCAAAUAAUCAUGGCUUUGUCUUUAUUUCCAAUUUCCACAAUCCUCGAAUUUAAUGGACUAAAAUGUGAAAAUGUGAUGCUUUCAAUACUUUUUCUCCAAUGAUUUUGUGUAAUUGUGAUUUAGCUUAUUGCUCACUAUUAAGGACACAAUUUACAUGCCAAUUAAAAUUAUUCUGAUACUAUAUAACUAAAAAGGUGAUAAAGGGACUGUUUACAUUUUUUUAUUUGUGCUGUUGUUGCCCACUACUUCUAUAUUCUUCAAAAGCAUAUCGCCAAACUUUGCACAUGGAUCAAUAAACAUUUCCAUCGUGUGGCA